CCCUCGUGAGGCGGGAAGGGGAGCCCGAGCGCGCCGCCCGCCGUUUUACCUCAGCUGAGGCGGAGAAGCCGAGCGCCGAGUUUCGCUGAGGGAAAGUUGGGCGCCUCUGAAGCCACCGCCACCGCCGAGGGGGGAGAGCCUCCCUCGCCUCUUUCCCCCCUUUUUCCCUCCCGGGUCCGGCCUCCCCCUCACCUCGUCCUCCCUUGCGGUCCUCAGGGCACCCACGGCCACCAUGUCUCGGGACCCUGAAGAGGUGAACAAGUUGACCGAGAACACCUACAAAAAUGUCAUGGAACAGUUCAAUCCUGGACUACGGAAUUUAAUAAACCUGGGGAAAAGCUAUGAAAAAGCUGUUAAUGCUAUGAUUCUUGCUGGAAGAGCCUACUAUGAUGGAGUUGCAAAAAUAGGUGACAUUGCAGUUGCCUCGCCUGUUUCUAAAGAACUGGGGCAUGUUCUUAUAGAAAUUUCCAUUGCACAGAAGAAAUUGAAUGACAGCUUAGAUGAAAGUUUCAAGAAAUUCCAUAAAGAAAUUAUAUCUGAGCUGGAGAAGAAAACCGAACUAGAUGUAAAAUACAUGAACGCUACUUUGAAGAGAUACCAGAAUGAACAUAGAAGCAAAUUGGAUUCUUUGGAGAAGUCUCAGGCUGAACUGAAGAAAAUCCGAAGAAAAAGUCAGGGAGCAAGGAAUGCAAUGAAAUAUGAGCAUAAAGAAACUGAGUAUUUGGAAACAGUGACUUCUCGGCAGAGUGACAUCCAGAGAUUUAUUGCUGAAGGUUGCAGAGAGGCUUUACUUGAAGAGAAAAAAAGAUUCUGUUUUCUAGUUGACAAGCACUGCAGCUUUGCCCAACGCAUGAAGUAUUAUUACAUAGAGAGCUCAGAAUUACUUAAUUCCAAAUUACCUGGAUGGCUGGAAACAUGCAGUGAUGCUACCAGAGUACCAGAAAAAAUAAUGACUAUGAUAGAAGAGAUAAAAACACCAGGCUCCACUCCAGUAUCAGGAACUCCUCUGCCUUCACCGAUGAUAGAGAGAAACAGUGUGGUAAGAAAUACCCUUUCAGUUACCAAAAAGUCAAGUUGGAAAGGGCCUACAAGGCCAUCAAAAAGGUCAUUUUUCUAUUAUUUUUAUCCUUAUUCAAUUCCAUUUUAACUUGUUAUCUAUAGCCUAAUGUUACAAUGUAUUUUUCCUUCUUCCUUUUAAUCAGAUCAUACAGAUGAUUCCACCUUAUCACGAUCAACAUCUGUUGCCACGGGACUAAAUAUAAUGAAAAGGCAGAAAGUUAAAACCAUCUUUCCACACACUGCAGGGAGUAAUAAGACUCUGCUUAGUUUUGCACAGGGAGAUAUAAUCACACUACUUGUAGCUGAGGAACGGGACGGAUGGCUGUACGGAGAACAUGAUGUGACUAAAGUAAAAGGAUGGUUCCCAUCAUCAUACACAAAACCAUUGGAAGAACCUGUUGACACAAUUUAUAUGGCAGUGCCAAGUCCUGUGCCUGUUCGAAGCACCAGCUCAGUCAGUUUAACAGAGCGAUGUGGAGUUGUCCUUCCCACACCAGAUUAUUUGAUAUCUGGGCAAACAAGAGCAUCUUCAGAAACAAGAUUGGAGUCUUCAACAAGUACUACCGUUAAGACUCCAGUGGCCAAACCAGAAAACACAGUUCCUAAACCUGACAUGAAUGGCAUCGUAAAACCACCUUUUCUAAGCGGAGAAAAUCCAUUUGCUACCGUGAAGCUCCGACCAACAGUAACAAAUGACAGAUCGGCACCAAUCCUCCGAUGAGCAAUAUUAACACUUACCCUUCCCUGUAAACACUACACUGUCUUGAGCAACAUGAUUUUCGUAUUCUAUCUAGUAUUGUUCUUUUAAAUUUUUAUUUAACUCUCGUGUGUACAGUAGCAAAAUGUUCGAGCAGAUUUCAGGAUUUUUAAGAUUUUUUUGCUUCAUAGAUCAGCUAAUUAUUGAUGGGUUUAAGAUGCUUGAAAAUUCUCUUGAUCUUACAGUGUGCCUUGUUCUUCUUCGUGGGCUCUGUGAAUCACAUCCUGGGUGCGCAGAGCCUCAUCAGAAAGUUCUGUGGUAGCAAAAAAACACAUUAGAAUAAGGCC